AUCAACUACAAACAUAUUCCAUUCUUAAAUGGCUGAUUACAAUGUAAGCUACGCUUAGCACAAGUCUGCCCCCUACCACAGCACAAGGUGAACUUGGGGGGGGAAAAAUCACCAGGAAGUUAUUUGCGACAGUCCUCGUUUCCCUGGUGACGUGGCGCCGUAUUCCGGAAGGUGUUUUUUUUUUUGUAAGUAGCUAGCUAACUGGGAAAUCCGAGUUGUUUUAGACAUGGAUCAAAAACUCCCAUUGCAUUUAGGGAGGUAAAAUUUUAAAGACAUGUUUCCAGCGUUGACACCGUCGUGGAGCAAAGCGUCGUUUUCCAUCCAUUUGUUUUAGCGUUUGAAGGACACCGCUUUUCCUGUCCCCUCCCUCUGAAUUUUCCACAAAUCCGGCCAUCGCGGGAAACGAACAGCUGGGCCCACACAGAAAACACACCAUCAUGAGGAGGUGACAGCACGUGAAGUUCUACUGGCAUAUUCAGCCGAAACAUAUGGCAAGGAUCAGUUUCUCCUGCCUGCUGCCUGCCUCAUGGCACUUCAGCCUGUCCCUGCUGGGGUGCGUGGCAAGACAGAGGGUCUUCUGUGCCAUCUUCUUCACCUGCUUCCUCCUGCUCCUCCUGACCUUGUACCAGACAGACCACUGGGGCCCGGCACCCAGGGGCGGCCAUGUCAACAAGUAUCUGUCUAUUGUUGAGAACAUGGAGGCGACAGAUGUGCUGAACCCCUUGCUGAACUAUGGGAUAGUGGUGGACUGCGGCAGCAGCGGCUCGCGGGUCUUCGUGUACUACUGGCCCCCGCACAACGGCAACCCCCACACCCUCCUGGACAUCCGGCAGAUGAGGGCACAAGACCACACCCCCGUGGUCAAGAAGAUUAAGCCAGGUAUUUCCACGUUGGCGCUCACCCCCGAGAAAGCCAGCGACUACCUCCACCCCCUGCUGAGCUUCGCCGCGGCUCACAUACCCAAGAAGAAGCACAGGGAGACGCCUUUGUACAUCCUGUGCACUGCAGGCAUGAGGCUCCUGACUGACAGCCAACAGGCCGCCAUCCUGGAGGACCUGGUUACAGACGUGCCAGUGGAGUUUGACUUCCUGUUCUCCAGCUCGCAUGCAGAGGUGAUCUCUGGGAAACAGGAAGGUGUGUACGCAUGGAUUGGAAUUAACUUUGUGUUGGGCCGCUUUGACCAUGCUGAAGAGGGGGAAGAGGCAGUGGUCGAAGUUACUACCGGAGGGCAAAACCAGGAGCCAAUCAGCCGGCGGCGCACUGUGGGUAUCAUUGACAUGGGCGGAGCCUCGCUGCAGAUAGCCUAUGAAGUGCCCGGUGCCAUUUCCUUCAGCUCACCUGAGCAGGAGGAGGCGGCGAAGAGCCUGCUGGCGGAGUUCAACCUGGGCUGCGACGUGGAGCACACGCAGCACGUCUACCGCGUCUACGUCACCACGUUCCUGGGCUUCGGCGGCAACAUGGCCCGCCAGCGCUACGAGGAUGACCUCAUCAACGCCACGCUGUCUAAGAACAGGCUAACUGGAGAUACGACGGGCACAGGGGAGUCCACCCCCUACCUGGACCCGUGCCUGCCCAGGGGCCUGUCGGAGACGGCGCAGCGGGGGGGCCGGGCGGCGUACCUGCGCGGCCAGGGGGACUGGCCCCGGUGCCAGGCGGCGGUGAGGCCCUUCCUGGGCCUGCACAACGGCACGCUGUCCCUCCGGGGGGUCUACCAGGCCCCCAUCGACUUCCGCAACAGCGAGUUCUACGGCUUCUCCGAGUUCUACUACUGCACGGAGGACGUCCUGCGCAUCGGGGGCCAGUACGACAGCGCCAAGUACGCCAAGGCCGCCACGGAUUAUUGCGCCACUGAGUGGUCAACUUUAAAACAGCGGCUGGACAGCAAGCUCUACUCUUCACAAGCUGACCUCUCCAGACUGAAGUACCAGUGCUUCAAGUCGGCCUGGAUGUACGAGGUCCUGCACUCCGGGUUCCGUUUUCCUCAGGAUUACCCCAGCCUGAAGACGGCUCAGCUCGUCUACGACAAGGAGGUGCAGUGGACCCUGGGAGCCAUGCUGUUCAAAACACGCUUCAUGCCACUCAGGGACCGCCAGCAGGAGGCCUUCCGCCAGUCGCACCCGAGCUGGCUGCGCGCCUCCUUCGUCUACAACCACUACCUGUUCUUCGCCUGCAUCCUGGUGGUGCUGCUGGCCAUCCUGCUGUACAUCCUCCGCCUGAGGCGCAUCCACCAGAGGGAGCUGCGCCAGGCCGAGGCCCUGGACCUGCUGUGGGCCGAGGAGGGGGAGGUGCUCAUCGCCUGAGGGGGGGGAGGUGCCGCUGGGCCAGAGGGUGGGGCUUGACUGGGCUGGGCUGGGCUGGGCAGGGAGGAUACGGAUCAGGAAGAGGAAGAGACGGGAGCCGCUCCCGGAAAGCAACGGGACAGCGGGGUUUCGUUCACGCCCCCACAGCGACCUUGAGCCAAUCAAAAGUCAGCGGUGUUAGCAGUGCUGUGUACUCCGUUGCACAAAGCAGCAAUCGUUGUAAAUCAGGGUGACAUCGAUAGUCUGUGUGACGGUUCCUAUUUUUUUAGUUCUGUGAAGUCUCCUUUCAUUCGUCUCAGAGACAUGUCAGAGAAAUUUCAGAUGAAGUGUGGGUAGCGACUGUCGCUAGGAGGAGGUCGAUCUGUCGGCAGUAGGGAAAUACCCGACGUGGAGGAUGGUGGGAGGGUGCUGACCGCGUCGAGUAGAGGGACCGUGAACUCCUCCAACCUCGCCAUCGACACGAAACUGUGCGGAGGACGAGUCCUUGACGUUUCCCCGGAGGGAACCGCGGGACGAUAAACCAAUCGGGGAGAUCCCGGCAGAUGUGAACAGCAGCACCCAUUUUUUGAACAGGAGCGGCCAUUUUAAUCGUGCUUCUCUUUUUUCCAUUUCCCCCGGCCCGCCGCGGAGCCGCGCGGGGGAAGCGCCGGGUCCGUUUCCCGAUCGCGUCGGGCCUCUCGAGGCCGCGGCCGGUCCCUCGUGCCCUUCGUCGUUUCGCGGGCCCGAGCCGAACCGCCCCCCUCUGCGUGCCAGCGGGUCCCCAGCGCGCGCCAACCAGAUAAACUGUGGCUGCUGACGGGAAGUCCGCGUUCCAGCUUCCGCGUCGCUCGGGUGACCGCGAGCCGGCGUUAGCUACGAUCCGUUAGCGUCCGGCGCGCGGCGGCCCAAAGCGGAAGCCGCUCGGAGAGAGUCCCGUUUCUCUGGGCAGAAGCUGCCAUGAUGAGCCCACACUAGACUGCUGCUGCUCGUGCCAGAGAACGCCUCCGUGACAGGAGCUGAACAGCCCUGUGUAAUUAUGACUGAAACGUUGUGGCGGAUUGCAGGCCAGUAGUACAAUUUUGUGCGCCAUUUUUUGUUUUGUUUUGUUUUUUUUUUCUUCAAAUGCAUCGAGCUUUGUUUGAUGAAAGGAUGUUAAUUUCGGUAAAUUGUAACAAGUAGGUUUUGACUAUUUCGCGGAUCCGAUGGACUGUAAUUGAUAUUAUGUGUUCGGGUAAUUUAUGAGCCAAUGCAACAGUGCGGCAUUCCGUUGUAAAUUUGUGCAUUCCUACAGUCGGCCUUUGUUUUUUAUUUGUUUCUUUGCUCUUGCUGUUGGCAGGACUGUAAUUGUCGUGUCAGUUCUGUGACAGGCUGGUUUCAGACCGCGACGAAUGGAUUGCAGAGUCCAGCAGAGGUCUUGACCUGGUCAUUAUUUCGGUCGGACCUUCCUGGAAGCAGCCUGUAAUCAGGCUGUGGCGAGUCGUCUCCUUUUCAACCUUUAAUUUCGCUUUUGUGAGAACAGGAGCAGCAGUCCCUCCGUUUCUUACCAAGCGGUAUUUGUGUCCAGGUGUUUACACGUUUUUGCCGCUGGUUUCUAAAAUGGCUACGACAGGAAAAACCCUAUGCGGCGGGUUCACGUUCUGUCGGUUCGAAAGUGCUGUUUAUAGACUGCUAGCUGCGUUUCAGGCAAAAAUGUGCUAAAUGUGGAGUCCCCCGAUCUUUCCUGUCACUCAGUCUCUCGAUUCUGUACACCCUCGUCCAAAAACAUUUCUAAAUGUACACUUAAAGGUGUGCUGCGGCAUUAAAUUUGACAAUUUUCAAAGACCCUUGGAGAUGUAGGGGACCCGUAGGCUCCAUUUGGGUUGUUGGACCAACGGCUGUUGAUGUAAUGCCCUCCGGAGUGUGGGUUGUUGAUUAAAGGAUUAAAGAUAGCUUUAAGGAAAUCAUUGGUGAUCUGGGCACUGUGCAAUGUGAACUUGAGCAAAGGGACCAAUAACAUGAAGUGUUUAAAAAAUCAAGACAAAAUGUAUUGUUGUGAUAUGUUGUAUUAAAUUUUUAAUUCAGUUUUUAAAAAA